UAUACAAAGCGGUUAUAAAACGUUUCGGAAAUACGCUCAUAAAACAUUUCUGAAACGUGUACGUGCUACCUAGGAUAUUUACACAGUAAAGAAGAAAUAAAAGUGACUGUUACAGGCUAAACACCUUUUGUAACAAUGGUGCAACGGCAAUUUGCAUUUAUUCUCUGCAUCUGUACGAACUUAGCUGCGUUAUUCUGUGUCUCUGCACAUACUCAAGAAUUUAAGAGUGCUCGUAUUCAGGCAUUGCCUGCUUAUGCUAUUGCUUCGAAAGCUGAUCUUCUCAACUCAACGUCAUGCGGAAAGGAAUUGAAAAAUUUUCGAGAUGCUGUCAAUCAACGAAUACUGUGGAGCUUGAAAGUAUUAGAUUCCAGUGGUGGCUUUAAACCGGGUUUUCUUUACGGAAAUAAUUAUUGGCUGGGCAGUCGUAGUCAGUGUCUUGAUACGAUAAAUACGGUUCCUCUAAAUAACAUGCAUUAUCGCGAUCCGCGAAAGGAAUUUCCACCUUUCCAAAUGCAUUAUUUUGUAGUUCAUUUUAGACAUAACAGUAUUAUUUAUAAUAACAUAAGUAUGGUUAACCAGAAUGUGAUUACGCUCGGACUCUGUUUACCAGCAUCGUGCACUAUAAAUAAUUUGAGCUUUAUUUUGGAAAGAAUAUUUCGUGACAGAGUUAUCUUCGAUGAUCUCUACUUUGCGGACUUUCAGCUAAUCGAGGUUAAAGAUCUAAAUAAUAACAAAAUGCAACCCAAUAGUGUGUUACGUUUUAUCUGUGUUGGCUUAGGGUUUUCGUUUCUCAUGACAUCAAUCGGAACAAUAUAUGAUAUAUUUAUAUAUAAAAAACAAGUAAAGAAAAAUAAGAUGAAUAAAACUGGUGUGGAAAACGUGUCUAAGGAAACAGGAAUGAAAAUAAAUUUGUCUUCAUAUCGGAAAAGUAAAAUUGGAGAAAUAUUAAUAUGUUUCUCCGCUUACACAAAUGCGGAAAAAAUAUUUUGCACAAAAUUAGACGCUGGCACAAUACCCGUCAUUCACGGCUUAAAAUUUCUAAGCAUGUGUUCGAUAAUCAUCAUACAUAGUCUACAUUUUACGUUGAAUUCUCUUGAUAAUAAAGUAGUGUUGUGGAAAUACGAAGAGAGUUAUAUUUACUUAUUUGACAUUGGAUUAAUGGCCGUUGAUAUUUUUUUUCUUUCAAGCGGAUGUUUAGUGACUUAUAUGUAUUUGCGGGAUAAGACGAACCAAGUACCAAAACCGAUUUUUUGCGGAGAAAAAUUAAUUGAAUUCUUUAUUUAUCUGAUAAAAAGAUUUAUUCGGCUGACACCGGCUUACAUGAUUAUGUUAGGGAUAGCGCAAUUAAGCUCGGCUUGGUUCGAUAAAACAUCGCAAUUUUACAUGUACGAAAAAUCACACGAAACUUGUGCGAAAUAUUGGUGGAGAAAUCUUCUGUACAUAAAUAAUUUCUUUGAAUUGGAUGCAAUGUGCGUGAGUUGGAGUUGGUAUCUAGCUAAUGAUAUGCAAUUCCAUGUAAUUACUAUGGCGCUGUUGAUUCUUUCGACUAUAUACUUCUAUGCCGUUGUUACGAUAUUGAGUGCACUUUUAAUAGGCUCAGUUAUUCUUAACAGUUAUAUUUCACACGUUUACGAACAUGUCGCGACACGUGAUGAACAGUAUAAUCUUGUAGAUAUCUUCUAUAUCCCACCAUGGAUGAGAAUAAGUCCAUUUAUUAUUGGGAUAAUUACGGGUUACAUUUUGGCAAAGUUAAAGAAUAAUUUUGCCUUAAAAGAUAAACAUAUAAUUUCGUGUUGGUGCCUGGCUAUUUUUUGCAAAGUAUCCGUACUAUUUUUGUCUUACAAUCGAGUUACAUCCGUUCUAGCUACUUCUAUUUAUGUAGCACUGCACAGAAUAUUUUGGGCCAUAUGUAUUGCAUGUGUUGUAAUAGUGUGUUCAACUAAACACGGAGGCAUCGUUAAUCAGUUACUCUCAUUCAAAGGCUGGAUUCCUCUUAGCAGGCUCACAUACUGCGCUUAUCUUUUAAAUCCGGUUAUCAUACAAUCGAUUCAUUUAUACAGUGAAACGUCGAUUCAUUUUGAACCUCUGACCUUUGUUGUUAUGAAUGUGGGAUACAUUACUAUCAGUUAUCUGUGUUCUUAUGCAUUGUCUUUGAUGGUCGAGAUGCCUUAUAUUUUGUUAAUGAAAAUGUUUAUCAAGUACCGCAAUAAGCCAUAUAAAAGGGAAAUGUAAACUUGCAUACAAACAUGUAACAUCACGUACAUGUAAUGUCAUACAAUACGUGCCAAUAGUUCCCGAACCGUUGAAUAAUAUACUCAUCUAAAAAAUCUAAGAUAAAAUAAAAUCGAUUGUUAAAUCGCAGUUUGUAUUGAGCUGAUAUUUAUGAAAAUUUAUAUUUGAUUUUGAUGAAUCUUUCGAACAAAUUAAAUACUGUUUGCAUUGGAGUAAAUUGUGUUGAAGAAACGAUGGUACAGCGAAGAUAAAUCAUAGUUUAAAAGUGCAUAAAAAUUUGGUCAAAUUCAUCAAAUAUAUAUACAUAUAUAUAGGAAAGACCGGGGCUAAUAACCCGACACAAUUUUUU